UACUUAAGUUGUUACACCUAGCUGUGAUCGGAGAGAGAAAAAUUCGCUCUCACUUCGAUCCAUUAGCAGCAACGAUGAAACUUCAGAUUCAGUUUAUAUCUAUUUGCACAGCGUUAUUAUGCGUAUCUGGCGUAAAAUUCAACGUUUGGGAUGAUAUCCGCCUUGUGGGUGCAAACAGCCAUUACAAAGGCCGUGUAGAGGUGCGGAGAGACGGUGUUUGGGGGACAGUAUGUUCGGACAGGUGGUCUCUUUACGACGCCCAUGUAGCCUGCAAGCAGCUGGGCUUUGAUGGAGCGGCCAUAGCCAGGACAGGGGCAUUUUAUGGUGCUGGCACCGGCCCCAUUCAUCACGAUGACUUGAACUGUAAAAACAUCGAGAACACUUUAGACGAAUGCCCAGGCAGACACGGUAGCAGCGACUGUACACACGAAGAAGAUGCCGGUGUUGACUGCAUCAAACCAUCGCCUCAAGCUAAAUUGCCCACGUGUCGUCCAAACCAGUUUCUGUGCCAACACUUCAACAUGUGUAUUCCUGCGCGCUGGUCAUGUGACGGCGAUAAUGAUUGCGGAAAUAACGCCGAUGAAGCAGACAAUCUUUGCCACGCACCGAUCAACACCGGUAAUAACUCCAAUUCCCUGGUUAUGGACGACGACAGCGGCGGUGACGGGCAGUCACGGGUACAGGUCGUACUGAAGUUAGAGGGCGGGAAACUUCCAAACGAAGGCAGAGUAGAGGUCUUCUACAACGGGGAAUGGGGAACAAUAUGUGAUGAUAAUUUUGGUAUGACAGAAGCAGAUAUUAUAUGCAGGGAGCUGGGGUUCAGGUGUGUAUGA